CUCUGUACAGUGUGUGUGCAGUGUUAUUGUAGCGUUGAGCGAGCUAGAGAGCAUAGUUUGUGCGAUUACAGAGAGUAUUUAUCGCUUUAUUUAGGGUUUAAACUCUACAACUCUGAUAUUGAGUAACUUAAGGAUCCAGGGAUCGCAAAUUGACUGAAAGUACCCUGGCAGCUGUCUUGAAUGCGGUGCUCUCCCUAGCAGUCUUGGCGAGUGACAAUGUAAAGAAGGCCCUAGAGCUGCACACUGUUGAGACAAAUGGAUGUUGCGUCUCCAAGCUGAGUGUAUUGAAGAACCGAGAGGAGUGAGAAAGACCCGGCCAUGACCACCUCCCACAUGAACGGGCACAUGACAGAGGACUCUAACACAGAAGUGAAGAACGCAGAGCUGAGCGAACCCCCGCGGCACCGUGAGAUGGCGGUGGACUGUCCAGGGGAGCUGGGCUGCAGGACCCUGCCUGUGAGGCGCAGCGCCCAGCUCGAGAGGAUCCGCCAGCAGCAAGAAGACAUGCGGAGGAGGCGCGAGGAGGAGGAGCGCAAACAGGAGCUGGACAUCAAUGCCUCCAUGAGGCUCAAGAAGCUGUCCCAGAACCCCAAGAUAGGUAUCGACAACCCCACCUUCGACCCUGUCGAGGGAUAUGUACCCGAGGGGCCCAGCAACCUGGCCAAGGUCUUGGAUCUAGAUGACCUCCUGUCUUCGCUGAAGCAUAUCCAGCACAGUCUGGUGGACUCUCAGAGCCAGGAAGAUAUCUCUGUCGUCUUGCAGCUCGUCCAAAAUACAGACUUUCAGAAUGCCUUCAGGGUGCACAAUUCAGUGGCAGUCAACAUGAACAAAGCCAGCCCUCCCUACCCGCUGGCGGCCAAUGCACAAGAUUUAUCCCAAGAGGUUCAGAACAUAUUUAGAACGAGCCCGCAGAAGGAUGGACAAGAAUUGAAUGCUUUGCUAACCACACCGCAUCUACAAACAGGGAUGUUUUUCAUCCACCAGGCGCUGAUGCUGGCCCAUGACAGGGUAGCAGAGCAGGAGAUGCAGCCCCAGACAGUGGCAGAAACGCCCCAGGACUGCACGUACGAGACCAUGACUCGAUACGGAGGGGAGAUGGUGAAGAUUGUGCGCAUUGAAAAGGCCCGCGAUGUACCACUGGGAGCCACGGUGAGGAAUGAUGUGGACUCUGUGAUCAUCAGUCGGAUAGUGAAGGGAGGGGCAGCUGAGAAGAGCGGCCUGCUACACGAGGGAGACGAGGUCUUGGAAAUCAACGGCAUCGAGAUCAGGGGGAAGGACGUCAACGAGGUCUUUGACAUACUGGCGGACAUGCAUGGCACGCUGACUUUCGUCCUCGUUCCCAGCCAGCAGAGUAAAGUCCCUCCAGCCAGGGAGACUGUGGUUCAUGUCAAAGCUCAUUUCGACUACGACCCCUCUGAUGACCCAUACGUGCCAUGCCGGGAGCUUGGGCUGUCCUUCCAGAAGGGGGACAUCCUGCACAUCAUCAGCCAGGAGGACCCCAACUGGUGGCAGGCCUACCGGGACGGGGACGAGGACAACCAGCCUCUCGCAGGCCUGGUUCCAGGGAAAAGUUUCCAGCAACAGAGAGAAGCCAUGAAGCAAACCAUAGAGGAAGAUAAGGAACCUGAGAAGUCAGGUAAACUGUGGUGUGCAAAGAAGAACAAAAAGAAAAGGAAAAAGGUUUUGUACAACGCCAAUAAAAAUGAUGAUUUCGACAAUGAGGAGAUUCUGACUUAUGAGGAGAUGGCUCUCUAUCACCAGCCAGCCAAUAGGAAACGGCCGAUAGCCCUCAUUGGACCUCCUAACUGCGGCCAGAACGAACUCCGGCAAAGCCUGAUGAGCAACGAAGCCGACCGGUUCGCAGCUGCUGUUCCACAUACGACACGGAACAGGCGUGAUAAUGAAGUCAAUGGCCGGGACUAUCAUUUCGUUUCACGGCAGGUCUUUGAAACCGACGUGGCUGCAGGGAAGUUCAUUGAAUCAGGAGAGUUUGAGAAGAACCUGUACGGCUCGAGCACUGACUCGGUGCGUCAGGUCAUCAACUCCGGCAAGAUCUGCCUGCUGAACCUGCACACACAGUCUCUGAAGGUUCUGCGCAGCUCAGACCUCAAGCCAUACAUUAUCUUCAUCGCACCUCCAUCACAAGAAAGGCUGCGUGCACUGCUGACCAAAGAAGGGAAGAACCCAAAGCCGGAGGAGCUGAGAGACAUCAUCGAGAAGGCACGGGAGAUGGAGCAGAACUACGGGCACUACUUCGACGCGGCCAUCGUGAACACGGAUCAGGACAAGGCGUACCAGGAGCUGCUGAGGCUCAUCAACAAGCUGGACACAGAGCCCCAGUGGGUGCCCUCAUCCUGGCUGCGCUAGGGAGCCCCGAACAGACACGGAGGAAGCUGUUCAGCAGGCCCUGCAAGAGGACUGGCUCCCCUGGGAUUAAGACUGCAAAGUAGGACGGCAUGGCCCCACACUGGGAGACCUUUAUUUUUUUAAAGGAUGAAUUUGGAUAGCAAACCAGUGGACGGAAGGGGUUGAAUUCUGUCUUAUUUUAAAAUGUACCAAAAGGGUCAGGAAGUACUUUUUUAAAAAAUAAGUUAACGAUCAACAUUCCAGCUCUUACCAGCACUUGGUGGGAGCAAUAGAAAUAGUAAUCUACAGCUUUGGUAACUAUUUAUAUAAUGUAAAUGUAUAUAAGAAAACACAUCUACUUUUAGUACAAAUACCUGAAUCACAGUGCACAGUGAGUCCAACCUGUUUUAAAUUAAAAAAAAUGUUAAAAAAAUCUGUAUGUAUGAUUUUUUUUUUUCCCUGUAUUUUUAUAGAGGUUAAUUGAUUUCUUCAUAGAUGAUUGAGCACACUGGCAAGAGUUCGAAUUAAGUUACUGUUCCUCACUUUGUAGGAAUAAUAAUGUAUUUAGAUGACAGUAUAUUUUUAUUUAAAAAAAAUAAAUACGUUUUCUAGUU